CUGGUCUCAGUCUCUUUAGGCCAGAAUGCCCGUUGCAAGGAGUUGGGUGUGUCGGAAGACAUAUGUCACCCCCAGGCGACCCUUUGAGAAAUCACGGCUUGACCAGGAGCUGAAGCUGAUUGGUGAAUAUGGACUGCGGAACAAGCGCGAAGUGUGGCGAGUGAAGUUCACCUUGGCCAAGAUCCGCAAAGCUGCCCGAGAGCUGCUCACCCUGGAUGAGAAGGAUCAGAGGCGUCUUUUUGAGGGCAAUGCCUUGCUGCGCCGUCUUGUCAGAAUUGGGGUGCUGGAUGAGGGCAAGAUGAAGUUGGAUUACAUCCUGGGCCUGAAAAUUGAGGAUUUCCUGGAACGGCGUCUCCAAACCCAGGUCUUCAAGCUGGGUCUGGCCAAAUCCAUCCAUCAUGCCCGGGUGCUCAUCCGCCAAAGACACAUCCGCGUAAGGAAGCAGGUGGUGAACAUCCCUUCUUUCAUCGUCCGCCUGGAUUCUCAGAAGCAUAUCGACUUCUCCCUCCGUUCGCCAUACGGUGGUGGGCGUCCGGGCCGCGUCAAGAGGAAGAAUGCCAAGAAGGGCCAGGGCGGUGCUGGUGGUGGGGAUGACGAGGAGGAGGAUUAAGCUGUGGGU